AGCAGACGAGCAGAGGGAGAAAAUAAUUCCUGGUUGUGGAAAUGGGCAACGGAGAUGUGGAAUUUGAAACAUUUCUGAUCCAGGUCCAGCCACUGUUUACCCUGCACUCAGGCUAUGACAUCAGAGCGAGGACUUUAUAAAAGUGGAUGUCCACAGAGCCAGGCAGUGAGCAAACAGUAACACAAGCAGAAAAUCUUAUUGUGGUGAGCAUGAUGGACAAGGUACAGAGAGACAGAAUAAUCCUGAUGGCAUGGGCACUGCUGUUUUACCUGGAUUCACAGGUGUGCUGUCAGCAAUGUGGUGGACCUUGUCAGUGCCAAGGCUCUGUGCCAGUCUGCCCAGAAGGAGUUCCUCUGAUCCUCGAUGGGUGCCAGUGCUGCCAGAUGUGUGCCCGGCAGCUGGGUGAAGUUUGCAGUGAGGUGUUCCCGUGUGACAGUCAGCAAGGGCUACAGUGUGACUACAGUGCCAGCUUCCCUGGUGACCCAGGAGAGUGUGUCAGUCAGAAGGAACUGGGCUGUGAGCAUAAUGGAGUCUCUUACCAGGAAGGCCAGGUAUUUCAGCCCUCUUGCGCUCUUCAGUGUCGUUGUUCGGGUGGAGGGGUGACCUGUGUGCCCCGGUGCAGUGAGGAUGUUCUCCUGCCCAGCCCAGACUGCCCUCAUCCUCAAAGGAUUCAGCAACCAGGAAAAUGCUGUAAAGAGUGGGUGUGUGAAAAUAUGGACAACACAGUGCUUCAGGACGCUCACAUAGCUUCCAGAAUUGACCAGACAUUGCCUGCAGACCCUGGAUACCAAACCAGACGCGGCUCAAACUGCAUAGACCAGAGCUCAGAGUGGAGUGCUUGUUCGCAUACCUGCGGGUCUGGAAUAUCCACACGGGUGUCCAAUCAAAACCCAGCCUGUCGCCUGGAGAUGCAGAUGCGCUUGUGUAUGAUCCAGCCCUGUCAGCCUGUUCUCCACAGAACAACACAGUGGUCGAGGAAGAAAUGUCAACCCAGUUACAGGUCAGCAACCCCAGUUCGGCUUUUCCACCAGGGCUGCUAUAGUACACAGUUCUAUAGGCCCCGUUAUUGUGGCUCAUGUACAGACAGCCGUUGUUGCACUCCUUACCAUACUGGCACGGCACUGGUCACUUUCCGCUGCCCUGGGGGAAGACUGCUCAAUCAUGCUGUCAUGAUCAUCAACUCCUGCAUCUGCCAUUACAACUGCCCCUAUACAUCUGGAGGGGCAUAUAGAGGGACACCACUCCUGGGUUAGACACUCACUUUGGGUUAGGCUUACUUUGGAUCUAGUAGCUUCAUUUUAGAUGCUGUGGGUGUUAGUUAAAAAAUGUUACAGUGACCAAACUCAAGGUUUGAUUUUUCAGAUUAAUGACUGAAAAAGCCCUCUUUGACUUUUGACAGGACAAUGUUUUUUUUUUUUUUUCAGGACAAUGUCUUAAGACUGUAUAGGUUUCCACAGCUAGCAAUAAUAUGUUCUAAGAACAUUUUGCUAAUGGUCCCUAUAAGUUUCUGAAUAAAUAGUUUCAGAAAAAAAAGUUCCAUAACCGAUGUAUAAAUAUUGAUUUUAUGCCACCGUUUUGAGAACAUUGUUAAAGACUAGAUAACAGAUCAAUUAGAUAGGUAACCGGUAAUACAUGAUGAAGGAUUAAAAGGACUUACAACACAGACAUUAUCUGGCGUUUUGCCUGCACACACACACACACACACACACACACACACAAGAGAGCAGCGGCCACUUUAUUAAUGAUUGCACACCUUUGUAUGUUACUCACAUCAUGAUCACAGUCAAUAAGAGAACAUAUACAAUUACAUAGAUAGAUCACCACUUGUUCUUAAAUUGACAGAAUAUAACAAUGCAUCACAUACAUACAUCUCAUUUUAAUUAAUUCACAUUCCAAAUAAAAAACACAUACAUUUUCCAUUUUAUAGCUUUAGACACAGAUUUUGUUAAAAAGUCUGCCACCAUUUCAAAUGUAGGACAAUAAUAAAGCAUUAUAAUAAUUAAUAAUAAUUUUUUUGCCAUCAUUACCUUAUGUCAACAUCUUUGUCGACAGACCGGAUUCUUUGAAAGUGCAAUAGCACCCUGAUUAUCCCCAAAAAUAGUCACUGGUGCAUAUUCAAGUACAUUAUCCGUUCCAUUGAUUAGAUUGGUCAGACCAAACAUUAUAUUAACAUUACUGGAAGAAUGUUUGAUCUUAUACCUUUCAAACCUUACCAGAAUGUCGGACAAAGUCCUCUGUCAGCUGGCUCUUAGUGAAAUUAAAACGUCUACAAGUUUAAGAUCUGCCAGAAGUUAUUAUUAUUUUUUAAUCUAUUGGGUUCACACAAUGGCGUUUGUUUUUAGUUUGAGUAGGAGGAUACAUUAGUUAAAGUAGUAGCCAACACUUAAAUGAAUAAAUCCAUCAAUAUCUUUGUCAGUUUUGUUCUAUAUUAUUGGACAACAACUGUGGCUUUCAAUGAAUUCCAAAGCUAUUAGCUCGCAAAAGAUGAAAAUGAUAUAAAAGAUAAAACAUUUUCUCCCCUUCACCAAAAGAAUCUAAGCAAAGAAACUUAUAGUGUGUGGUAGAUUUUUCCCCUGACCUAAGUUUACCUGGGUCAUCACGCCCCUAAACGUCUCUGAACGACUUUCAAUGAAAUUUAUCCCAGCGCGUUUCCUAAUCAAUAGUUUUUCUACAAUAUGACUGGUUCUUCAUGUAUGUAAUUCAGCAAACCCUUCUGUUACAUAAAAGUCUGGUACCUUGAUUACUCCAAAUCAUGAGUUCAUAAAGACAUCUGUCUAGUUUCAUAUCCCCUUUUGUUAUAUUCGGACAUGAAUGAUUCAGACACACGUUGACUGACUGACACGUUGAGUGUUUGGGGACAUUUCAGGUUUCAAAUCCAGGUUAAUCCUGCCAGAAAAAUAAAUGCUACUUAUUAGUCAUUUUUUUAAAAAGAAAUACAUCACAAGUGUUAGACAGAUUUGAAAUGUACUGGAAAAACCCAUUACAAAUGAUUGCAGAAGUUCUUUGGGUAUUGGGUGAUGCUAUGCGAAAUUUACACUUAAGUGUGGGAUGUUCAUCUGUAGGCGAUUUACUGUCGGCUUUUAUUUGAAGACGGACACUAUAACUGCAGUGUUUACAAA